AAGAUAUUUUUUUUAGUGAUAGGAUAAGGACCAUAUACCUACUAGUUUUAUCGACAGGAACCGGCACACUGGCCGAUCCGAUUUAGCAUAAAAAAUCUCCGACUCAAGCCAAUAUGAUUAUAUGAAUCGGUGAAAUUGCCCUAUUUAGCCGGAAAUCGCUGAUUGUCUCGACCAAUUAGAAUUGUCAGUUGCCUUUUUCUCAAGCUAGAUUUUGCAUUUCAGUUUAACGCUAAUGAAGAGAUAAUUUCCUUUUGCCUCCAGCGCACCCCCUUCUCCACUGUGAUGCUCUGAUCUGAUGUAUUGAAUAAAGAAGAAUUUUAGCAAUUGAGUCGCUGGUUGUGAAAAGCGGAAAGUGAGUGAAUAUCAAAGACAAAAGAGUGACGAAUUGUUGUUCUAUCAUCCAUGGACGUUUUCUGGGAGGAGGGAAUGCUAAAGCAUGAUACGGGUCGGGGCGUAUUCGACUCGGGUAUGGAUCCAGGAUUCCUAGAUGUGCUGGAAGCCCACCCGGAGAACGCGGGGCGGGUCAAGAACAUAGUUUCCAUCCUCAAACGGGGCCCCAUCGCCCCAUUUAUCUCUUGGCAUCAAGGCCGUCCCGCCCUCAUCUCCGAAUUGCUCUCUUUCCAUUCCCAAGAAUAUAUAGACGAGCUAGUCAAGGCAGAUAAGAGUGGGGGCAAGAACUUCGGCGCUGGAACGUUCUUGAACCCCGGAUCAUGGGACGCUGCGCUCCUUGCUGCUGGCACCACUCUGUCAGCAAUGAAACACAUACUUGAUGGGAAUGGAAAGAUUUCAUAUGCAUUGGUCCGGCCGCCAGGCCAUCAUGCUCAGCCUACUCAAGCAGAUGGAUAUUGCUUUCUAAACAAUGCAGGUCUUGCUGUGGAUUUGGCUCUCAGCUCCGGCCUUAACAAAGUUGCUGUGAUCGAUAUCGAUGUGCACUAUGGAAACGGGACUGCUGAGGGCUUCUAUCGAUCCAAUAAGGUUCUCACUAUCUCUCUUCAUAUGAAUCAUGGAUCGUGGGGGCCUUCGCACCCUCAAGAUGGAACUGUAGAUGAGCUAGGUGAAGGGGAUGGCUAUGGUUAUAAUUUGAAUAUACCCCUGCCCAAUGGGUCUGGAAAUCGAGGGUAUGCACGUGCAAUAAGUGAAUUAGUCGUGCCUGCUAUCGAGAGAUUUGAUCCUGAGAUGAUGGUUCUGGUUGUUGGCCAAGAUUCUAGCGCUUUUGAUGCAAAUGGAAGGCAAUGCUUGACUAUGGAGGGCUAUAGGAAAAUCGGGCAGAUGGUUCGUGAAAUGGCUGACAAGCAUAGUGAAGGGCGCAUCCUGAUUGUCCAAGAGGGCGGUUACCAUGUUACUUAUUCGGCUUAUUGUCUACACGCCACGCUUGAAGGUGUGCUCAACAUUCCAGCUCCUCUGCUACCUGAUCCCCUUGCUUAUUAUCCAGAAGAUGAGACUUUCACUGUAGCUGUCGUUGAAUCCAUAAACAAGUUUCACAGAGAAAACGUCCCAUUCCUAAAGUAGAGCAACGCCAGAAGCUCGUUGAUUCAAGUAAAUGAACCCAACUGACUUUGAUCUUCUUCGUUUAUGUAACUACCUAUUUGUUCAUCAAGCUUUACCAUCUUCAAACAUGUGUGUGCGCUCUAAAACUGAAUUUCUAUGUUCAAACAAGAUGUUUAUUUAUGUUAAAGUUAGAUUCUUGCAUGAAA